UUUUAAUAAAUCACAGGAUAGGAUGAUGAAAGAGCUGCAUGAACAGGGGAAAAGCAUUGAAGAAAUUAAGGAGGUCUUGAGAAGGGUUCCAAUUCAUCCCAGGAUUAUUCCGGCCAUCGAAAAGGCCCAUGCUUUAGGGUGUGAUUUGAGAAUAUUGAGUGAUGCAAAUAUGUUUUUCAUCGAGACAAUUAUUGAGCAUUUGGGAAUUAAACACUGCUUUUCUGAAAUCAACACGAACCCAAGCCAAGUUGAUGAGAAAGGCUGCCUGAGAAUUUCCCCCUUUGUUGAUUUUCGGGCAGGUUCCCAUGGCUGCCCGCGCUGCCCGCCCAACAUGUGCAAGGGUAUGGUUAUAGAGAAAAUGCAAGCUUCAAUAGCUAAGGAAGGUAGCAAAAGGAUGAUAUAUUUGGGCGAUGGUGCGGGUGAUUUUUGCCCGAGCUUGAAGCUAAGAGAAACCGAUUUCAUGAUGCCGAGAAAAGAUUUUCCCGUGUGGGAAUUGAUAUGCGAAAACCUAGAGGUUUUGAGAGCCGAAGUGCACGAAUGGGCUAACGGUGAAGAUAUGGAGAUAAUUUUGCUUCAGCUUAUUGAGAAGACUAAGAUUGAAGAAAACAACAGCUUUAACUCGGUUCAAAUGCUAUCGGUUGAUUGCAAGCUUGAGACUGUAAUUCCAAUGGCAGCUUAUGAGGCUCCAUCACCUUUUAGGACUUGUGUUUGUAAAGUUGAACUAAAAAAUUCUCUCGCAUUUGAUACCAUACUGAUAUGGAAUACUAUAACGGUCAAUUGGACCAAUGAAAUCAAGCAGCUAGACCGGAUAAAAGGGCAGACCGAGUUGCAGUCAGAGAUCGACAUGAAUGCAAUGAUCGGGCCAGUGACGAUCUUCUGA